AUGGUAAUACAAAAAUUUCCUGGCGCGAAUCUUAUUGGACAGCUCCUAAAACAAAUCACGAAACCAUUGUCAAAGUUUAUAGUGAAGCACGUGAAGAAACAACCGUUCUUAAAAAAAUAUGUCCUAAUUAAACUGGGACAUUUAUAUUAUUGGUACGAAGACAAGGUAGUAUUGCAAAGAAUUUCAGCAAAAAAAAAGCGUGUUGAUGACAUUCGCACGAUGGAGCUAGGAGCGAAAUUAUUAAUCGAGAUAUUAGUCUUUGGGCUUUUGUGGGGAGUAGUCAUAUACGAGACACGUAAAGCUGUAGAAAGAUCGCGCAUCGUUGAGCAGCUAAGAAUUCAAGAAUUCAAGGAUUUAGAAGUAGAAAAGAAUCAGCUGAUGCGGCGAGUCGAAGAUCAAGUGAUCCUAACGAAACGGCUCAAAGAUAUCAUCGUGGAGUAUUCGAGACAAGUCGGAUGUACGUUACCGUACGAUCCGGAAAAAGACGAAUAA